GAAAUGACAGACGCAAUCUCUCAAUUGAUAAAUGUCCAUUCAUCGAUUUGCGACACCAACCUACUGCUGAACAAGGCAUUCGGUUUACCGAUCCUCGUAGUAACAAUUACCUGUCUUCUCCACUUGAUUAUCACUCCUUACUUCUUGAUGAUGGAGGCAAACAGCGAUAAAGAGUCAUUAUUCAUCGCCGUACAAUUCGCCUGGUGUGCAUUCCACGUGUUUAGGAUGUUGAUAGUAGUUCAGCCCUGUUAUGCAACGACCACAGAAUCCAAGAAAACAGCGGUAUUAGUCAGUCAAUUACUUACUUAUCAGUGGGAGCCGUACGUGAGGAAACAACUUGAACUGUUCUCACUCCAGCUUCUGCACAGACCUUUGGACUUCACUGCUUGUGGACUUUUUUCUUUAGAUCGAGCUCUAAUCACUUCGGUACGUCUAAGAGCAGUAUAUUUCCAACCUAAGGAGGUAAAAUAA